AUGGCUUUGUGGAGCAUGUUUGUGGAUUUUGUGGAGCUUGCCUUCCUGUGGCUCGAUUUCCCUCAACGUAGACUCGUUUGGAUACUGCUUCAUGUCCCAAAAACGCUCCAACAAACCGUUUACGAAACCGUCAACUCUUCAUGGAGGCCUUCCUGUGCCUCGAUUUCCCUCAACGUAGACUCGUUUGGAUACUACUUCAUGUCCCGAAAACGCUCCGACAAACCGUUUACGAAACCGUCAACUCUUCAUGGAGACUCUUUUGGAUACUACUUCAUGUCCCGAAAACGCUCCGACAAACCGUUUACGAAACCGUCAACUCUUCGUGGAGACUCUUUUGGAUACUACUUCACGUCCCGAAAACGCUCCGACAAACCGUUUAUGAAUCCGUCAACUCUUCGUGGAGACUCGUUUGGACACUACCUUACGUCCCGAAAACACUCCGACAAACCGUUUAUGAAUCCGUCAACUCUUCGUGGAGACUCUUUUGGAUACUACUACACGUCCCGAAGACGCUCCAACAAACCAUUUAUGAAUCCGUCAUCCCUUCGUGGAGACCUUCCUGUGGCUCGAUUUCAUUCAACGUAG